GCCCGCAGUGGUGCUGGUGCCCGGCUCUGUCAGCGGGGCGGCGGGCUCACCUAUGGGGCUAGGCAGAAGCAAACACAAACCCGGGAAAGGUGAGGAGCAAAACAAGGGGUACACCUAUUCAGGCCCAAGGCCUAAGGAAGGGUCGAUGAACAGGCAGUCCCAGGACUCUGAGAAGCCACUAGACACUGCGCCUGCAGAGUGUCACUCUCAGAAGAAGGUGGCAGCCAAGCAGCAGUGCCUGUCACCUGAACUCAAAGAGAAACCUGAGGCAAUGGUCAGGCCGAGCGAGAAGAGAGCUGUCCUUCCCCAGAUCGUCACCAGCAGAGCCUCAAGUGAGACUCUCGUUAGCUACAACUCCAGCUCUGGUGGGAAUGAGGAGCAGAAAACCAUUAGGGAGCAGGUGGAAUGGGGCCCCUACGCCCGGCACAGGAACCCCAGCACCAUCGAUGCCUACAUCUCACAAAUCAAAUAAUAAACAGCCACCCCAAGUAGCUGUCCCCUGUUCAUGGUGCUCUGAGUCUCAGCUGUGAUGGUGGGAGGGCCGCCCUGCCAGGCAGGAAGCUGCAGGGGCCCCUGCAGGAGAGGAGGGCCCCCCCUGUUGGCAGCUUGGCUGAGGGCCAGAGCGACUCUUAAAUGAAUGAGUCAUGCCCCCUGCUGGAAUGGUGGCCUGUGCAGAGGGAUGAAGAGAGCAGGAGAGACAUCUCGCCCUGACUCCUGGGGGCCAGUGGAGUCCCCACACACGCUGAGGGGUGUGUGGUGAGUCCUGGUAGUUGGGGGGAAUGAGGUGUCCCCACACUUGGGAAGAAGGUGGGACUCUGAGCACUGAACUUUAAGGCCUAAAGGCUCCUAGCCAGGCUGUGACCUGGCCCAGAGUAUUAAGAGUCCAGAAUGAGAAUGUAGAAUAGGAGGUAGGGCCCAUGUGCACGAAGAACUUUGGAAGCAACCUUGUCACCGCUGCCCCAGGAAGAGGAGAGUGGGGUUGACACUUCUCGUCCUUCUGGCUGUGAACGAGGGCAUCCAUCCAGGGGACCCCCAGGCUGUGCCCAACAGCCAGCAGCGCUCAGGUGCAGCUGGAGAGAACGCCCCACUCUGGCUGGUCUCACGUGUAGUCUGGUGGCACUGUGUUAGCUCUUUGUUUGCAGAAUGGAAGCAAACUGUACACACAGUUCCUAUUUCUGCCUAUGAGGAUUAUGUUCCAUUAGUAUUAAAUAGUGUGAUUGACUUCCAAUCAAUUCGUUUCAGUAUAACCUGAGAAACAAGAAGUCUCAUAUUGACAUUGGUUACUAACACAUCAUUAGUAACCAUAUAUUUCUUAAAAGAUUUUUUUUUUUAAUUUCUAGAGAGAGGGAAAGGAAGGGAGAAAAAGAGGGAGAGAAACGUCAGUGUGUGGUUGCCUCUAACGCGCCCCCUACUGGGGACCUGGCCCUCAACCCAGGCAUGUGUCCUGACUGGGAAUCCAACUGGUGACUUGAGCUCAACCCACUGAGCCACACCAGUCAGACAAUAUCACUG